AUGGUUGAUGGACAAUGUAAGAAUCAUUACCCAAAGGAAUUUGUGGAUGAAACAAUUCAUACUCCAAAUGGAUAUCCUAAGUAUAAAAGACAAAAUAAUGGCAUUUUUGUUAUUGUGCGUGGACGUACUUUGGACAACCGUUGGGUGGUACCAUAUAAUCCAUAUUUACUUGCUAAGUUUGAUUGUCAUAUAAACUUGGAAGUAUGCUCGAGUGUCAAACUUGUAAAAUAUCUCUACAAAUAUGUGUAUAAAGGUCAUGAUCGGGUUGCCUAUACUGUGGGCUCAGUAACACCCGACACACCUCGUGAUGAGAUUAUUGAUUUCCAAACUGGCCGUUGGGUUGCUCCACCUGAAGCUUGUUGGCGUAUUUUUGCAUUCCCCUUGACAGAUAUGCACCCUCCUGUACUUGCUCUGCAAUUGCAUUUACCUAAUUUUCAGUACACUUCAUUCAAAGUAACAGACUCUUUACAAGAUGUUGUAACAAAUGCACGUGCCCACAAAACUAUGCUUACUGAAUUCUUUGUCAUGAAUGCAACCAACGCAUAUGCCAAGGCACUUAAUCUACUUUACAAAGAGUUCCCAAAACAUUUCGUAUGGGAUCGGGCACACAAUAAUUGGAAUUUUCGCAAACAAGGUUCAAUAGUAGGGAGGAUUGUUACAGCAAGGCCAACUGACCAAGAAAGAUAUUUUCUUCGCCUUCUUUUGCAGUACCGUCGUGCUCCUGUAUCAUACGAGGACUUAAGAACAGUUGAUGGUGUUAUACAUGAUUCAUUUAGAAAUGCAUGCGUCGCGUUAGGAUUAUUAGAGAGUGAUAUUCCAUUGGUGGAUUGUUUGCGAGAAGCUGCACUUUUUCAAAUGCCCCAUGCUUUUGCACAAUUAUUUGCUACCAUACUUGUUUUUUGUACACCAUCUGAACCUAUACAACUAUGGGAGAUGUUCAAACAAUAUUGUGUCCCAAUUACCACAAUCUCGUCUUCAUUUCCACUUUUUCCUAUUGAUCGUGCUGCUGCCAUAAUUGUAGAAAAAUUCCUUGAACCAUUUGGUAUGCAUAUUCAUGACUUUGGAAUAUGCAUGCCCGAACAGUCCGAAAAUGGCCUAAUUGAAAUAACUUCACAACAGCCAUCGCCUGCAGAAUUUAACCUGGUCACACUCCCAGGAAUUAUUGACAAACUUAAUUUACAACAACAUUUCGUCUUUAACACUAUUAUUGAGAAACUGCAUAACAAGAAACCUUAUCAACAUCUGGAGUUGCUGCAUCGCUCCUUCCUAAUGGCCAAACUGCCCACUCAAAAUUCAAAUUGCCAUUGGAUAUUAAUGAGCAUAAGACUUGUCAGAUAA